AUGAAGAAUGUUGAGAGAAAAGUUCGCAAAAUUUUGCGACGACUGGGUAGUGGAAAUCGUCGAGCUGCGUGGCAGAUGCAUGACGGGACGGUGAAGGACUCCAGUUCUGGAAGUGAUUUGGAUGACCUGACGCAGCAUUCAGAAAAUGAAAAAAUCAGCUGUAGAAGCGUCAGCAGUCGGCAUGUGCAUCAUAAAUCGAUAAUGGCUCCAAUAGCGUUCCAGUCCAGGAGAGCCUCAACAAAGAGCAAGGAACUAUUCUCAGAAGCUGACCAGCAAGAGCUGAAGGAACAGCAUAGCAGAGCUGGACCAGAUUUCUGUUGUGAUGAUCAAGUGUUAUUUACGCGUUCGCUGAUAGCAGCGUCAACGCAGCCGCCGAGCGCUGCCAGCGAAAACACACAGGCAGGCGCAGAAGUAAAUUCGUUCGUUCACCACAGAACAUGCGAAUCGGAAGACGUUGACGAUGUUUCCGACUACUCCGCUUACGGACAGUUGAAUGCAGCACGUAAGUCUGCAAACGAACUGGACAUAUCAGUGGAUGACUCGUUGCCAGAAUCAUGGGGUCGUGAGAGUGGCUACUUGUCCGGCAUUGACCUCCGGUACAGCGCUUCGGCAGCCGAAUCACCAGCACUUUCACCAUGCGUCGUUGUUAAAAAUCUGCAACCGUUGCUGCGGAAUGCUACUGACACAACCGCCCAACACCUGUUUCACGAUGAAAUGAACAGAAACAGAAAGGGUAUUUUGCAAGUCGCUCAUGCAGUCCCACGUCGUUUGGGCGUUGCUGGUGGCAAGAGACUUAGAGACGAGGAUGCUGAGGUACCGGAUUAUGAAACCACUGAAUUGCUGCUCUCUGAAUGUGUCGCGGAAACGAAAUAUAUCACGACGAUAUUUGAACUCGCAUCAGGUGGUAUUGUUGGCCUGAUCGAUGACGUCCUCAACGAAUUUGGCAUUUGGUUUAACAAAGAGGUUGGCCUGAUUGGGAUCGCAUGUGAAGUGCAAUGGUCUGUACCGGAGAAGCAUCGUCAUCGAGCUAUCGAAAUGAGAAUGAAGGAAGCUCUUCAUCGUUCACUUCGACAAAAUAAUCGCCGUGUGCUGAACAUGAAAAGUAAGACUGGCAAUUACCAGUUACCGUUAACUAUGAUAUCAGCUGACACGGCUGAGGGAUGCGAACACGACUGCCAGCUGGAUUGUUUUCAAGGCAUUCACCGACGAUUCUACAAAUCGCUGCUGCCGUAUCAGCAUGCCGAUACCGGUGCUUGGCACAGACCGUACUGGACUUUUCAUGGGACCAGUUGGCAAAGCGCACCACAGCCAAAUCCCAAACAGUUCCUUUUUGGACGCGAUGCGACAAAACUAGACAGCGGUUGCCUCGUUGCUGUCAAUGUGAUUGCCUUAAAAAUCGUGAUUUAA